GAUGGAUAACAGGGUCGCGGGAACAACCAGUAAUGGAGAGACAAAGCCAGUGUGUCCAGUCAUGGAGAAAGUGGAGGAAGAUGGUACCUUGGAGCGGGAGCACUGGAACAACAAGAUGGAGUUUGUGCUGUCAGUGGCGGGAGAGAUCAUUGGCUUAGGCAACGUCUGGAGGUUUCCCUAUCUCUGCUACAAGAACGGGGGAGGUGCCUUCUUUAUCCCCUACCUCAUUUUCCUUUUUACCUGUGGCAUUCCUGUCUUCUUCUUGGAGACAGCACUUGGCCAGUACACCAACCAGGGAGGCAUCACAGCCUGGAGGAAAAUCUGUCCCAUCUUUGAGGGCAUCGGCUACGCCUCACAGAUGAUCGUCAGCCUCCUCAACGUCUACUACAUCGUUGUCCUGGCCUGGGCCCUCUUCUACCUCUUCAGCAGCUUCACCUCUGACCUCCCCUGGGGAAGUUGCAGCCACGAGUGGAACACAGAAAACUGUGUGGAGUUCCAGAAGACCAACGCCUCCCUGAAUGUGACUUCUGAGAAUGCCACCUCCCCUGUCAUUGAGUUCUGGGAGAGGCGAGUCCUGAAGCUCUCGGAUGGCAUCCAGCACCUGGGGUCCCUGCGCUGGGAACUGGUCCUGUGUCUCCUGCUCGCCUGGAUCAUCUGCUACUUCUGCAUCUGGAAGGGGGUCAAGUCCACAGGCAAGGUGGUCUACUUCACAGCCACUUUCCCUUACCUCAUGCUGGUGGUCCUGCUGAUUCGAGGAGUGACACUGCCCGGAGCAGCCCAAGGAAUUCAGUUUUACCUGUACCCCAACAUCACACGUCUGUGGGAUCCCCAGGUGUGGAUGGAUGCGGGCACUCAGAUCUUCUUCUCCUUUGCCAUCUGUCUGGGGUGCCUCACGGCCCUGGGAAGCUACAACAAGUACCACAACAAUUGCUACAGGGACUGCCUCGCCCUCUGCAUCCUCAACAGCAGCACCAGUUUCGUGGCCGGGUUUGCCAUCUUCUCCAUCCUGGGCUUCAUGUCUCAGGAGCAGGGUGUGCCCAUAUCUGAGGUUGCUGAAUCAGGCCCUGGCCUGGCAUUCAUCGCCUACCCCCGAGCUGUGGUGAUGUUACCCUUCUCUCCGUUGUGGGCCUGCUGUUUCUUCUUCAUGGUUGUUCUCCUGGGACUAGAUAGCCAGUUUGUGUGUGUAGAAAGCCUGGUGACAGCGCUGGUGGACAUGUAUCCCCGGGUGUUCCGGAAGAAGAACCGCAGGGAGAUCCUCAUCCUUAUCGUGUCUGUCAUCUCUUUCUUCAUUGGACUCAUCAUGCUCACAGAGGGCGGCAUGUACGUGUUUCAGCUCUUCGACUACUACGCAGCCAGUGGCAUGUGCCUUCUCUUCGUCGCCAUCUUUGAGUCCCUCUGCGUGGCCUGGGUUUAUGGAGCCAGCCGCUUCUAUGACAACAUUGAGGAUAUGAUCGGGUACAAGCCGUGGCCUCUUAUCAAAUAUUGUUGGCUCUUUUUCACACCAGCUGUGUGCCUGGCAACCUUCCUGUUCUCCCUGAUCAAAUACACGCCCCUGACCUACAACAAGAAGUACACAUACCCGUGGUGGGGGGACGCCCUGGGAUGGCUCCUAGCUCUGUCCUCCAUGAUCUGCAUUCCUGCCUGGAGCAUCUACAAGCUUUGGACUCUCAAGGGGCCCCUCAGAGAGAGACUUCGCCAGCUUGUCUGCCCAGCUGAAGACCUUCCCCAGAAGAACCAGCCAGAGCCGACUACUCCUGCAACGCCCAUGACAUCCCUUCUCAGGCUCACAGAACUGGAGUCUAACUGCUAGGACCGCGGCCUUGGACACACCUGUGAACCUGGCUGUGGGGGCAGCUUUAGAGGCAGAGGGCGGAACCACCUCUCUGUGCUGGGGCACAAAGACGAAAGGGGGUAUUUGGGACCCACUUUCUGAGCUGGGUACCCCCUAUCUUGAUGCCCCUAUUCCAGGGUGGUCCACACAUUGUGACAUGCCUGAAUCAGUAACACCCCUUCGAGGCAGCUUGGGAGGCCCAGGGAGGGCUGGGGAGGUGAAA